GAACACGCAAACAAAACACGACAGGUUGUUCUCCACACGACAUCCAUAUCAGAUUCGUAAUCAGCUCAUGAUCGAUAGGGCUGGCGCUGCGAAGUUUUCCAGAUCGAUUAUUCACAGUAACUGGACGUGCAUGGCGGUUGCAGAGUCACUUACUAAAACUGCUAUGCCGAAAUCAAUCACAAAAUUAAUCAUCGUAGUAUUUAAGAUUCGAGAUUGCGCUCGUGAAUAGAAGAUUCAUUCAGCUCAUCCGCCAGAGAUAGCAGAUCGAUAUCUCAGAUGCAAAUCGGAUUCAUCGAAUUCUGGAACUUGAUAAGACUCCAUUCUCCACAAUCUGCCCUGCGGCUCCCGCCGAGAAUCAGUGUCCACGAGAGUUUAACGAGAACUGCCCCUGCUCCUCCACUGAGACCUUAAGAGGUCGCCACGUCGACUGCGAAAAGUUCGACAGAAGUCUCCUUCGUGAGGACGGACGGACAGAUCUUCUUUGGAAUGGAGGUCUGCUUCUGUCUGUCUCUCUCGGCUGCUGCUUGAGCCCGGGCAGGACGGGCCCCAGAUCUCGAGCCUGCGUUGGUGGUUAGCUAUGGCGGGCCCGGCACCUUGACGCUCGAUCGAGCAGACAUCGACUGAAGGAGGAUCUCCGGGCUUACCUGGCGCUUCUGUGGCCCCGACCAGGUGAACAACGGUGCCUCAUCCGAAACUCCUUUCUUGCCUUGCACCAUAAAUUCGGAAGACAGUACCUCCAUUCUCCACUUGGAACUCCGGGAUUGACAAAUGGCAGGGGAGCCGAACUGCUUCGGAUGGGCCGCUCACGAUGCUAAUGGAGUGCUCGUCCCCUUCAAGUUCACUCGCAGACCCACAGGACCAGACGACGUGAAUUUGCGUAUUACGCACUGCGGGAUGUGCCAUGCAGAACUGGUGUGGUUAUUCAACAAGCUCGGGGAUAGCAAGUAUCCCAUGGUGCCAGGGCACGAGGUUGUGGGGGUGGUUACGGAAGUGGGUUCGAAUGUAACACGAUUCAAAGAAGGUGAUCGCGUAGGGGUCGGAACCUUCGUUUAUUCCUGUCGAGAGUGCGAAAUUUGCAAGGAUGGUAUGCAACAGAUUUGUGACCAGAAGGUCAUGACCUACAACGCCUACGAUCGUGAUGGUACUCUAACAGCUGGAGGAUACUCAACCCACAUGGUCUGCAACCAAGAUCAUGUUUUGGCCAUCCCAGAGAACCUAUCUAUGGCUGAGGCUGCACCUUUGUUGUGUGCUGGGAUCACAGUUUACAGCCCUAUGACGCGGUUGGGUAUGAACAAAGCUGGCCAAACUCUUGGUGUCAUAGGUCUAGGAGGAUUGGGCCACAUGGCUGUGAAAUUCGGAAAAGCUUUUGGGAUGAAGGUUACCGUCAUGAGCACAUCCGAGAGCAAGAGGGAAGAAGCACUGUCAGUUCUUGGAGCAGAUACUUUUGUGAAUACAUCUGACCCUGCUCAGCUUGAGGCUGCUCGGAACAGUAUUCACAAUAUAAUGGACACUGUCCCUUAUGAACAUGCGCUUGAUCUCUAUCUUCCGCUGAUGAAACCCAGGGGCCAUCUUGUAAUUGUGGGAUUCCCUCACGAGCACAAGUUUGCACCUCAUAAUCUGAUUCUGGGCUUCAAGAGUAUUACUGGAAGUGUCACAGGAAGCAUUGCAGAGAUUCAAGAAAUGCUUGACUUCUGUGCAAAGAAAAAUGUUACACCAAUGAUUGAGAUGGUUGAUAUCAAGGACUGCAACGAGGCCCUUACGAGAAUGUUGAACAAGGAUGUCAGAUAUCGGUUUGUCAUCGACAUUGAGAAAACGCUUGUGAAUCCUACCUGACGUGACGGAGGUUUGCCGAUUCGGGGUCAACAGUUGGUUCAGAAUGAACCAACUAUGGACUUCUUAUGAACCAACCUCUAAGCUCGAAUCAGAAUGUCUAAAAAUAUUAGAAACUCAUUGUCAGUGUGCGGUAGCUUCUAAGACUUACUACAGAGAAGGUAAUUUCUCAGGAGGUGGGACCUUGAGCUUGGAAGGGAAACUCUAUACAAUGGAAACCCAUUGUAUAGAGUUUCGACGGGCUCCAGACCUGGUCAGUGUUCAGUCGUUACAAGUAUUUGAGCAUCCAAUAACUCGUUGAAUGCUGAAAACACAAUUGACUGUCAACAGUAGAACCUGGAACAAGAG